AUGGCGGACGAACGGAGGGUGCCCGGCCCGUGUGACGGCGCGAACAGAUCGGACACGGACCAGACUGUGCCCGGUGCUAUGGAUCAAAUCGAUGGUAUCGAAUCGAACAUCUCCGUGACGAUAGAAGAGAAAAUGAAGACUCCGCCUACCGUAAUAAAAAGGAAGAAACCUGUUGACACGUCGAAAUUCAAUCAAUCUGAUCGUAAAUCUAAAAACUGCGCCACAUUCUACUUCAGACACCAUGAUACGGACUCCGAUAGACAAAUGAUUGAGACUGAUGAAAAAUCUCAGGAGGAAUCGUCGGAAGAAGACGAAUGGACGUACGUGGGUGGGCCUAAAAUAGCAAACGAAGACUCGACAGAUAUAAUGACUUCAUCAGUCGAAAUCCAAUGUGAAUUGCCCAUUGACGACAAGAAAGCGCCAUCUCCGAAACCGAAAUUGGAAUCGUCCACGCCUGAUCUAUUACGCGUCGAGAACACGAGAUGUAAAGAUAUAGAACGACUCGUGAUACAAGCGGAGGAAUUGGUACAGAAACAAGCUCAUCAGAAUUUGUCUAAGAAAAAAGGAACGAGAUCUUUUAAGCCGCUGAUGUUUGAAGAGGAAGGGACUAAAGCGAACAGAGCUAAGAUGUCGAGGAUCAAAGAAUGGCUGAAUCAAAGUACGGAAGAUAAAAAUGAUAAUAACCAGUGUACCGAAAGUUACGAUGCGUCAGGUGAAUACACGACAGAGAGCGAAGUGGACACCUCACUCACUUCAGAAGAACGAAACCUGCACUCCUCUAUGGAUAUGAGCACUUCCACAUGCACCGUCACUCCUACACACCAAGCCAAGGUGCAACUGCGUAAGAAGCGGGGCGGCAACAGCGCCCGGCCAUGGUCCGUCUCCUGUCUCUCUCAGCUGAGCGGCGCGGGCGUAUCUCUGACGGUCACACCGACCGCUGGCGACGUUGCCGCUAUGUCGCACAAUAUGUCGAUAUCAGAGUCCGCGUUGAACACCCUCGCAUCUCCUCAGAGAGUCACUCCUGCUAACUCCAGUUCGAAGUUACGCGGUAGCUCGACUACUGUUCAGGGACACAUCUCCAGUACAAACACGAUGACAGAAGCGUGUACUUCAUGCGUGGAAACCACCGACAAACAAUGCUGGCUCCGUAGAAAGAGAUUGAAGUUGCGACGCAAUAACAAUAACACAGCUAGAAGAGAGAGACUAGUGAAGUCCCUCUCUUUCUGCGGUCGACUCAGCCCCGAGAUAGAAGAUAAGAACGAGAGAAGCGCGGCUAGUGACCCAGCUACCAGCCGAAAGGGAAGAUUCGAUACAACCUCAACCUCUGGCAACGAUAGCGACGAAGAUCUGCGAAAGAGCAUAGAGAAGACGCACAUUUCCUCGAGAGAACAAGAUAGUGCCAUCCCGGAACAGAACGAAAACGAACAGAUGUCCGUAGCGCCAAGCUUUAAAUUAGGCCCAGCGGGAGGCGCUGUUAGACCAAGAAUGGCUAAAAGCACUGAGAGGGAAAGAUCUUUCCUGGCCCUAAGUUUAGGAGACCCCAAUCAGCUGUGGGAUUUGAGUAUGGACAAAGACUCUGAUAUCGAUAAGAGUGUGACCGCUGGCACGGAGGAGCAUAGUUCAUUUUCGGAGCAAGCUUGGGAUUUUUAUCAAGAAAAGUACAACUCAGAGCCGUAUUCCGAAGCGCCAGACUCAGACGCGGCUCGACGCUUGCUCGAAUUCGGUGACGACUAUCGUGCGUUCCUUGACUCGCAGUCCGACUGCUGCUCUAGUUUGUCCGCGCAGCCCGACAACGAACACAGUCCCAGCGGCACGAGAAGACGCCGCCCCUCCGAACUAUCCCGAGAACGAAGCUUACCCCGCUACAAACGUCAAACUAAAUCCCCAAUAAACACGCCCCCUAGAAAACCCAAGAAAUCUAUGUCGAGCGCCGAACGUAAAAAAUCUCUGUUGGACAGCCUCGAACGGUCCAGAAAUAAUACCAGCAUAGAGAGCAACGAUGGUGUCCGCAGACGGAAACCUUCUGAAAGCGAACGCAAGAACAGCAAACGGUCCCCCGAAUUCGACUUGCUCAACAUCCAGGCGCUGAGCAGGAGACGGCCCAGCUCGAAUUUGACUAGCGACGAAGUAAAUAGCUCGUUGGAAUACACCGAAGUUAAUAAUCGUCCGGAUAUACUCGACUCGUUGAAUAGAAGACGGCGGCCGGAUAACGGGGAGACAGAACUGCAGAAGGUGGCUUUGUCGGAAAUGCGAAGGCGUUCGACGGAGAGCGCCGAUUCGGAAGACGAAUCUUCGAGUCCAAAGAAACACAGCAGGAGGAACUGGGGCGAGGAUUCCGAUUCGGAUUCUGAAGAGGUCCGCUCGCUUGUCCGCCGCUCGAGCACGCAACUGGAAACCGUGGAGGCGCUGAUGGCGAGACAGGAGGCCUCGCCCGAUUUGCUUCGAGCUUUCGACUACGUAAGGAACAAAUUCGAUACAGAUUACAGUAGCUACUCGGAAUCUGAUGACGACGCCGCUUCAUACGUAACGCGACGUCCCGCAUGCUUCCGUGCUAGACUAUGCCUCGCUCUUGCUGCAUUCUCAAUCCUAGUGAUAAUAUACAUACAUCUACAAUGA